CGCCACUCUUUGCAACACUGCCGAUACCUCAGUCAGGAUGGUGGUGACGUGAUGAGGGACUUACUCUAGGAUAUCCGUGACCCGGCAAGAUGACCUCCAUAAAGAAGAUCCCUAACGUGUUGGGGACGCGGAGGAGCAACACGCUGGACCAGGAGAGGGACCAGUUUGAGAAAUCACAGGAACUAAGCUUUAAGAAGGCAGUGAGUGAUGAGGAGAUGCCGGUGAAGAUGAAACAUGUACGCAGCCUCAUUAUUGGCACGUACACAGACAAGAACGCAGACCUCUUUUGGCGGAAUGUUGCUGCCUGUCCACCCAUUAACACUGAUGUUACAGCCUGGAAGUUCUGCCAUUGCCUACAUGUGCUAUUUCGUGAUGGCCACCCAAAUACGCUGCGGGACUCGCACCACCACAUCAGCCGUAUUAAGGACACAGGGCAGCAUUUUCGGCACCUGGCCCAUGGGUAUGGGCGACUCAUUAAGAGGUACUGUGAGCUGUUGAUUGCCAAGCUCCACUUCCACCAGCACUACCCUCGCUUCCCUGGCACCAUGUCUGUCACCCCUGAGGAGCUGGAGGCAUUGGCUGAAAAUGACGCCAAUAAUUACUUUGAGUUGGGUGUUGAGAUGCUGGAGUACCUUGAGUGUAUCCUCAACCUGUAUGAAGCAGUGUUUGCGUCAAUGGAUCCGUCUCGUGCCAACUCCAUGACUCGGUCGGGACAGUGUCGCCUGGCUCCUCUUAUUCCCUGUAUUCAGGAUUCAUCUUGCCUCUAUGACUGCAUUGUCAGGAUACUCUUCCAGCUUCAUAAAGUUCCCACCAAAAGUAAUCCAACUCUAUCAUCCCUGCCAACGGACAUGUUAUCUGGGCAUCGAACAAGGUUUUACAAACAGUUUGAGAUCCUGAAGCAGUUCUACAACAACACCAGGAAUCUACAGUACUUCAAGGGCCUCAUCCAAGUCCCAGCUUUACCAGAGGAUCCACCAAACUUCCUAGUAGAGGCUGAGUUAAGGAGCCAUGAAACCCCAGUGGUGGUAGUGGAGGAGCAGCCUGACAUGGCCGACACUUCUGACACGCUACUUAUAGACACCUCGGAGCCCGAGCCCCCGCCCAUCCCACCUCACCCCAACCUUAAUGAGUCACACAAUGGGUCCUUGGUGGAGGUGGUGGCAGAGCGGGAGUCCUUGAUAGAAGCCCUUCACAGAGAACUGGAGGCCAUGAGGACAGAGGUGCAACAGGCUCGUUCUCAGGCCUCUCACACUGAAGACCAGCUACGCCUCCGUAUCAAUGACCUCGAGUCAACAAUAGCAGAGUUGGAUAGUGAACUCUUGGCAGAGAGACAGAGCAAGGAGUCCAUCAUGGCUCAGGUGGAGGCAGCAGCAGCCAGUGCCGAGGCUGUCAACCUUUUGGCUCAAGAAGAGAUACGCAGACAGUCAGCUGAGGAAAAGUUUGUCAAGAUGAAAGAUGUCUAUCAAAAACUUCGUGAUGAGCACAUUGGCUUGAUCCGUGGGAAAGCCGAGAUGGACAAGCAACUCUGUAUGGAGAAAGAAGCACACCAAGCUACAAAGCAGGAAAAGGAAGUAUCUGCUGCUGCUCUUGCCAAAUUGCAAGCUCAGAUGGCCCUCGAAUCCCAGGCUCACCACUCUGUCACUGAAGCAGCAAAGCAAGAAAAGGAAUCCCUUGGCAAUCAUGUUCUGUCCCUAACCUCAGAGAGGGACCAGCUGACCAGUCAGGUGAAGACACUAGAGGAAAACUUAUCUCAACUGAACACCAAGAUGGAGAUUCAGACACAGCAGGGAGCAGCCAAGUUGAUGGCAGUCCAAGGUGAAUGGGAAGCAGGAACACAGCAGUGUGUGCAGGGUGCAGUGGAUGGGGCAGUGCUGGUGCUCAGUCACACAGUCUCACACUUCGACCAUGAAGCACAUACUGACAUCAAAUGCACUCCAGAGUACACACUGAGCUACCAGAGUGUGGUAAUAGAAUCAGUUGACGGACUUAUCAAGGCGUAUGAAGGCUAUCAAAUCAGUUUCUUAGCUGCUCCACGACUCGUCACCAGUAUAACUACCUCUGCCCACCAUGUGGCUGCUUUCCUUCUCUAUGCCAAGGCUACUUCACAUGCCAGCCCAAACAUUGAGAUUGCUGAACACCUCGUGUGUGCCCUUGAAGAGUUUGCCAAGUUGGUCAUAAACACCUACAAGAAGAUACAUGGAAAAGAAAAACAAGUGGACAUGUCAUCAGUGAAGAGUCAGUUUGAAAGGUGCUGCCAGCUAGUGAAUCAGUGUGAGGACCGCAGCCCAGGUGAGGAGGAUGUGGCAGCAUCAGUACAACGAGAAAUGGAUAAAAUGGAAACUGCCAUUAGGGAUGCAGUUGAACGCUUCACAGCAAUGCUGGAAAAUUCACGAGCCAAGGACACAGGCACACAGCUGGAGAUCAAGUGCUACAAGGUGAAUGAAAGCAUUUUGGGAACGUGCAGUGAUCUAAUGGCUGCAGUGCGACAGCUUGUACAACGGGCUGCUCAGCUUCAACAAGAGAUAGUGGACUCUGGCAGGGGAGGGGCAUCACCCAAGGAGUUCUACAAGCGCAAUCACCGCUGGUCUGAAGGCUUGUUGUCUGGGGCUAAAACAGUAGCCAUUGCCUGUCAGGCCCUCAUGGCAGCCGCUGAUCAAGUAGUGAGUGGUAAAGGCAAAUUUGAAGAGGUGAUUGUGUCCUCUCGUGAGAUUGCAGCCUCUUCCAUGCAGCUGGUGAUGGCAUCUAGAGUAAAGGCUGAGAGGUCCAGUCAGAAGAUGCGCGACCUCAAUGAAACUGCCAAGACCAUCUCCACUCUCACAGGGACUGUGGUGGCCACUGCUGAGAACUGCCGGGACAAAGUUGCCAUUGCUAAUACAUUAGACUUCUCAAAGCUUAGUCUUCACCACACAAAACGAAUGGAAAUGGAAACCUUGGUCAAAGUUCUGGAAACUGAAAAGCAGUUGGAAACUGAGCGCUCUAAACUCUCUGAGCUUCGUAAACACCACUACAAGCUGGCUGGAGAGAUUGAGGGCUGGGACCAGGAAGUAGGUGCCUCUGAGUUUGGGGAGCAAGAAAUGUUUUUAUCUCUAGAUCAUUGAUUAUUAUCAGAAUGCCUCACCGUCGUUCCCCCACUAACAGGUUAUCUAGGUAUCUAAAAGUGAACAUGCAUUUUUUACCAUUAUGCUUCCUCAUCGAACAGGUUUUCUGGGUAUCUAGAAAAAAGAUAAGCCAUGGAAAAGGGUAAGAUCUGUGCUUGCAGCAAAAUUAGCUGACUGUGUGAAUUUUUCAUAAGGUUGAUUGACAAGAGCUAUUGGUAUGUUUGCAGUUAUUACAAACAGUAUUAACAGUAUUUAUGGAUGACAACUUCUGUGUAGGGCACUUGGAAAAUAGUUGCAUAGUGGGGAUCAGGUUUAUUCACCAUCACCAUCAUCAUCAUAUGUAUCACGCUUUGAUGACAGGAAUUUCAACCCUGUUUUCUGUUUUUAAUAUGGUUGGAGAGGGUCAAAGUAAAGGAAACUAAGUUAGGUUCCCAGUGAAGCAGGCCUCACUCCAAUGCCACAAUCACUUCAUUCAUAAACCACACUUGCAUGUACCUACCUAGUUUGAUAAGUCAUACCUUUGAAGACCCCAUUCAGACGAGCCAUAUACCCAGCCUUUAAACACACAGUAAACAUAUCGAAAUAUAUGCAUUAGGCCCUUAGCAGACAGAAAAUAGUUUUCAUGACUUUAUAAAUUUGUACUAGUGGGGUUUCUAGCCCUAGCUUACUAUUUGGUAACACUAGAGUACACCAAAAUAGAGACAACACAAGCAUUGGGUAAGGAGCCGUGUCACUAUGUUUUGUUAAUUACAUGAUUGAUAUGUUUUAAAGCAAAGAUAUGUACAAGUUUGUUGAGAGAGGAAGAAAACCUGGCAGGUAGAUUACAUUGCAGCAGAUGGUAGGGAGUAACAACAUCUGGUAAGUGUGACUCAGUUUUGUUGCUGCUGCUGCCUUCACUAGCAUCACAAACAGGAUCACCAACCUCACGACCGCUGUUGUUGUUACUAUCAACUGCCACUAUCACAGCUUUCACCAGCAUUGGCAUAUGACUAGGGAAUGGAUGGCAAAAUGACUGAGUGGAAGGUGUCUGUGGUGGGUGGCUGUAGUUGUGACUGAAUCCAGUUGGGGAAGUCUAGCUGAGGGAGUUGAAGGUCAUCAGUGUGCUGGAGAAGGCUGGCUAGAAUGGCAUUUAAAUAUCAAACCAGCUUAUGAGGUCUUGUUGGAUGUUCCCGUCUCAAGACCCCAUUGGAGGUCUUAUCUGAUUGGAGAAAGGAGCUAGUAAGCUCUGAGCGGUGUGGCUUUGAGGGGAACUGAGGACCGAGUGUUGGGAGUGGCUCCAUCCACUGCCAUUACACCAGAGAACAGUCUGACCUGCAAAGAAGUGAGUUCAUGGUGAAAAGCGCUCGCAUCACCACAUCUUCCAUCCGGAAAGUUCCAGUGCUUGACAUGCUUAUGUUAUGGAUGAUGCCACAUUUUACUGUUGCUGACACAUUAUUUUCAGUAUUGCUUAUGGAUCCAAAUGAAGGCAGGGCAAUCAUCCUUCUCCUCUGUGUUAGUCUUAUUAUUGCUGCCUGCCGGCUGUUUAUCCUUACUUCCCAUUACAUUUUCCAUUAUUUUUUCUGUAGAAUGUUCAGACAUAUUUGUGUAAUGUGACUAUCAGAGAAGUUGCAUGUCUGCUUGUGAGUAGAUAGUAAUAUCCCAAGAGAAACACUUGGAUUUUAAAGAUGACUCCUAUAAAUGAAAAUAUAAAUUCCUUUUUGGGUUGGUACUGAGUUUGCUUUAGAAUAUGGCUUAGAAUCAAAAUAUUAUUUCUUGCAUGAGGUGUGGCUAAGACUCUUCUUGCAUUAGAAUUACAGUAAAAGUCUGUUAACCCAAAUGUAUUUGUUUAAAUCAGCUGUAUGUUCAUAUUUUUCUGAUAAGCAUAUGACAUCCAAGACCACCAUAAUCUGAGUCCUUAUUGAGUUUACUACCAAGUAUUAUUAUCAUGGGUAGUAUUAUUGAGUUUACUACCAAGUAUUAUUAUCAUGGGUAGUAUGCUUACAGUUGGGUUUUUAAGAUUAUAAUUUGCUACCUUGAAAACUUUGGACUGUUGGUAUUUUUGAACCAGUGAAAAUCAGAUUAACAGACUCUUACUGUACAAACUAUUUACAUUUCUUCAGAAGUGCAGUUUAUACCAUAAAGGUCUUAAACCCUCUUAAGAAAGCUUAAUUAUCUUUCUUAUAAUAACUUGUUAGUCAGAGAAGUGUAUGUGAAUUAUUGUCAUUUCACUUUUUGUUUUCAGACGCGGAGCUGAGACCUAUGUGGCUAGUUCAUCACAAAGCACUUUGGAUGGGUGAAGGACUAGUGGCUUUUCACUAUCUCAUGAUUUUACUCUGCAUUGCCAAGGAUCUUCCUUUACAGCAUUGUAUAUAUAUGAAGAGCUAAAGGCACUGUUGCCAUCAUUACCUAACUGAAACAAAGUUAGACUAAACUUUGUUCCAUUGCUCUCUUCAUGCACAUUGUUCGCUUCACAACUUCCUAUACCUGUUCUCUGUUAAAUUUACUUGAUCUUUUGUUGCACAACUCUCGCACAAAUGCACAUGAACAUAUGAUGCAUGAGCAAGUAUACUUGGCCAGUUAUGUAUGUAGAUGGAUGCAUGCAUUGCUUUCCCUCCAUUCUGUUUAUCAGGGUUCAAACACAACUCAUUUUCUACUUAGUGCAUCUGCUUUUAUUGAAUAUAACUAUAGCAAAAAUUUGCCUCUUGUUACAUAGAAUUUUUAUUAUUUAGUAAAUUAUUGCUUUACUUUUAUGGAUUUCUCUAGUGGGAGUUUAAUUUCUACCCUCUCAACCUGUCUAGAUGCACUCUACCUCCAGCUUGGCAAUGCUUUGUGUUCAUUUCAUAACUUUGUUGCCUCAAGUUUGCUCCAAAUUUCUUUCAAAUAAAUUAAAACAAUUUUAUAGCUUGACCAAUAACUCACUAUGCAUAUCAAGAGACAAUAAGAAAAUCCACCAUAAAGUCUUAUAAACAAUGACAGUCCUCCUAUUUUUUUCACAUGUCCUAUAUCUGAAAGAGUAACAUUGUCUUCACUUUCUGUCCUAUAUCUGAAGGAGUAACAUUGUCUUCUCUUUCUGUCCUAUAUCUGAAAGAGUAACAUUCUCUCUCUCUCUCUCUCUCUCUCUCUCUCUCUCUCUCUUUUUUCAUUUGACAUGUUUGUUUAAAUACUGUGCAAGAGUGGAUGAAUUUUAACCACAACCAACCAUUUUAGACAGUGUAUUUAUAUAUUUAUGAUAGAUUGGCUAAGUCACCAAGUUUAGGCAUGAAGGUGAUUAGAUUGGCUAAGUCACCAAGUUUAGGCAUGAAGGUGAUUGGUGAGGAUCAUUGGGGCUCGUUUAUGAAGAGUAACUAUUUUUAUUAAAGUAUUUUAAAGUGUAAACGUAUGAGAAAAAGUACUAGUGCUUGCUGCACAAUGUUGUCAUGUGUGCAAUAUGUUGUUACUGUUGUUAUUGCCACUUCAGUAAAUGUGCCAUGUAAAGGCACAGUGACAUUAGGGCAAAAAUAUUUACAUAAUGUUACAUACUGGGAUUGUGGAGAAAAUAUGUACUGUUUAGAAAAUUUGUCUAUUGCAGAAGUGACUGCCCAAAAUUGAAGUAACGAAUAUAUCUACAUUUGGUAUGGUAGUUGUAAAUGUAUUUUUGUAAUUUUUUUAGAUGAGCAGUUUAGAGUACAAUAAUUAUAAUUAUAAUACAGGGAAAUUUGGUUUGCACAGUUAUGACUGACCUACUUCACUUUUCUGUCUAACAUGUACCACCACUUUACCUUUCCAUGUAGUUUGUACAUCACACAUUUCUUAAAUUAUUGUCCAUCAUGAAAUCAAAGUACAUAGUUGCCAUAUUUUGAGGUUUUUGAAUGGCUUUUGUCAUUUAAUUUUAAGUGAGGAAAGGUUUACUAAUGUUGAGGAUGUUAUUGCCAGGUCUUAUGAGUCAUGAUACUAAUCUACUCUGUAUAAAUGUUGUGUUCACCAUAUAGUCAGAAAGGUACCUCAAGUCCUGUUAUGUGGUGCUUCAGUAGGUCACCCAAAUGUGUACACUAGUAGUUACAAAUCAUAGACUAUUUUUAUAUACUGGUAAAUCGCAUUGUUAAAUUUUAAAAUUUAAAAAAUUUUAAAGAAAUCGCCACCACAAGUUGAGACCAUUCCAUUUAUUGCAUAAUUUUGGUUUAGCUUUGAAUUACAGGAAGUGUCAUGCAUGCAUCUACUUAAACUUGUGGAUAUAUUUUAUCAGGUGAUAAGAUUGCAAAUCUUUUAAGUGAGGAGAGAGCUUGGUGGCCCAUCAAUGUUUUACAAGCAAGCAUGCUGUGUCAGUGCCUCAAAAGCCUCUUCCCUGGUAUGCCUCACCACUCUGUCCAUGGAAUCCUGGAUAGAUGUAAACUCAGUGGCAGCUGGAAAAUGGGUUAAAUGCCAACUUUAAGAAGAGGCUUCUAUUAAAAAUCAUAGGAAUACCAGCUACUCAGAGGUAAGUGUCAUGCACCUUUACAGCUGUUAAGAGCCUGCCAUUCAGUGCUAAUCCAAGACAUGAGGCUCUUGGACUCCUUGAGUGACUAAUCUGGAUAAAUACAACUAAAAUAUUCUUAAUGAGAUGGUCUGUUUCAAAAUUCUUCCGUGCAGUCCAAAUCUGUUUCAAAGUUCUUCAGUGCAGUCCAAGUGUCCUAAAACAGCAUUGGUUGGCAGAUCUCAAAGGGUUAGAGAUACAUAAUAGGUGUUUUAAGUAUUGUCGUACAACACAUCAGGGAGGGAAGCAUAACAGGAAAUAGAGGGAACGAUGUAUUAUGAACAGUGGGCCAUUGUGGCUUUCACCCACUCAUGUAUUUUGACAAGUGAAGCAUGUAUCUAGAUUUCUAAACAAAUCUGGGACUUGUUGAAACUGAUUAAAAUCAAUUAAUUUGGUUCAGGAAAGGGUCUCAACUAAAGUUAAGGUGGUAUAAUCUUCAUGGGACUGCAAGCUUUGUUAAUCUAAAAGAUUUCUAUGAGAAGGUUCCCAUAGUGGUUUUAUAUAACCACUAAGGUGCCUGUAGUUUAAGGUGUGCAGCAAUGGCUCAAGAAACACAGAAGAACCCUAUUUCAAACCCUAAACCCCAGCCCAGGAGGCACUGGUUAUAGCUGCAUCAUGGUUAUGUCAUGUGAUAACAGUACUGUGUUCAUAAACGUGUAAUAUUUGGAUGACUUCUUUUUUGAGGUCUCAUAUUGUUGUUUUUAUAUUUGUUUUACUCCAGCACUGGAGUGAAUAGCAUUUAUGCCACAGAUGUCAGCCUUAUUAGUAUGGAAUUGAAUCUUGACCAAAGUACUAAUACCUUAUUAACUGAGCUGUAGUUUUAUUCAUAAGAUUUUGUUAGUAAAAUAUAUAGUCUGACUGGUUGACUAUCUUGCACUAAAGAAGCACAGAUGAUAUAUUUUCAAGGCUACAAACAGUAUAUCUCAGACUCUUCCAAUCUGUAUCCACUUUGGCUAAAUAGCCAGGGAUGUAUUGGGUUAUCCUUCCCAGUAAUUGACUUUAUAAUGCUACCUUGACUUAUCAUAAUCCCAUUACAGUGGGGAAUCCAAUGUCAUACAAAGCCAUUAAAGUUACUAAAUGUUGCUUAGAUCCCUUAAUCAAUUCAGCAAUGAAAGUUUAUUGCAGUGACUAGGCUGUUCAAAAUAAUAUUUCAUUUUACAUUUUGUAAUGGCAUACUUACUCUGCAGAUAAAUAUGUUGCCAUGGUCACGAUCGUUGGAAUUCAUUUCUUUACACUAAUGCCCCCCUAACACACAUACACACACAUACACACAAACACUGCUCAGGUAGCUCAGUGGUAGUGCACUGCCAGGCUCCUAGGUCCGAGCCUAGCUCAGGCGGAUUUUUUCAUUGAAAGAGGAGCAGUUACUGUCCCCCCUUGAGCAAGGGGGAUGGGCUUGUGAGCCCAGCUUGUAAUCAGGUCAUGAGAGGGUGAAUUUUACACACACACACACACAUACCUGUUCAAGUGUCUUUCCAGACAAAUAGGAGCCCACACUUGCAGUGCCAGUUCCACUGACUCCUUAAAAAAAGUUAUCAAUGUAGCUGUGGAGGUCACUGACUGAUAUUGUUUUCCUGAUGAUGCAGUAAUCUUGACAAAGUUGAUGGAGGUUGAGCUUUCAAUGCUCAGCACAAGAAACCAGUCAUUGGGCCUAAAGGUCUCCUGGCACAAGUGUUUAGAGCAGCAGUUCCCAACCAGGGGUCCAUGGAAGAAUUUCAAGGGGUAUGAGUAUAUUGCAUCAUUCAUAUCUGAGAGUUGAUGCCAUUAGUAAAAUCUGCCUAUGUAAAAUUAUGGGAAACCACUGGAAUGACUAAAGCUGCAAUCACUCCAUGAGCCAGAAUUGGGGCAUAGUCUGUAUAGUCCAUGAAUGCCAGUUGCAGCUAUAUAGACAUGUGGUAUGCUGUCCAAAAGUCAAUCCUGUUUACUGGUUUGUUUCUUUAAGUGACAAUCCCGAGUAGAGGAGACCAAGGGGACACCCACAGAGUUCAUGCCUACAGGAAAUCAAUGAGGUAUCUAGGAUGGGAAGGGGGCCUGCAUGGAGACUCACUCAGAGGGACCCUCAGGGUUAGCGUUUUAGCGUGGGCAAGGUUAUGCACCCCUCCAGCGUUUGCUCCUACUCAUCAAUUGAAACCCAUGCAGAAGGGCAAAGAUUCAGAUCUUCAAGUCAUUUGUGCACCUUGUCUUACUUUAUGACUGUGACACACAGACACUAAAUAGUGGCUUCAAGAGAGUUGAUGCCUUUGGUAAUAAGUAGCUACAUAGAAUCAUGGGAUAUCACUGGAAUGAAGGAGUCCAAUCAGUAAUUACUGUGUGACUGAAUUGAGGCGUAUUAGGUAGAUAAUCCAUGAACACCAGCUUCAGUUAUUUAGGCAUGUGACACUACCCUGUGUCCCUGUUCAUGUAUCUUUAACCCGUGUGCGUCGGGUGACGGGAAUUCCCGCUCGGGCGGAAAGCGUCGGGUGGCGGGAGUUCCCGCCAUCCGACGCGCACGGCUUGGCCAAAAAUAGCACCUCUUCCCAACAUCAUAUCUAUGCCGUGCUGCGACGUAGACACUUCAAAUUUAUUUAAUCGUGGAGAGGAAGGAUUGGCGAUGAAAAAACAAUAUAAAUUAUUAUGUUUUCGUUUGAAAUUGCCACACGGGGCAUUGAUGAAAGACACCUAUUUUACAAAAUCUAUCAGCACCGCCCGCGCGGUGCGAGGACGACAAUAGUCCUCUAGCCCGACGCUUAUGGGUUAAGAGACAUGUGGAGGAGACCAAGGUGCUGCCCACAAAUUUUGUGGCCUAAGCAAGUUGAUAGAGUCUGCUGUGAAUUACUUGUGAUGGGAAUACCAAACCAUGGAGAUUUGCCCUGAGGGACCCUCAUCGAUGGUAUCAUGGAGUGGGUGGAGCAGCAUGUCCUCUGACACAUGCUCCCCUUGAUUGAUUCAUAUCGACACCAUGUCCAUCUUGCUGAACAUACAGUAUUUAAUGAAGUUAACAAUUCCUAACAGCAAAGGAUAUUUUUAUUAAUAUUCUUGAUACUCCUAUUUUGUCGCACAACUAGAAUGUUAAAUAGGAUAUUUACAGUAAUCUACAACACAAAAACUGUGGUUGCAUCUCUACUUCAAUAAUUUUUCUGCCAAUUCUUUGAAUUCCCUUAAGGCUGUGUAAUGACUCUUGAAUAGUCACCUCAGCUCUCUUCCCAAGAUGACUAAAUCAACUUGACCACAUCAUGGGUCAAUCAAUUCCCUUUAUAAAUAAGCUAUGUUACACUAUAUGUAAACUUUCUUUUACCACUUUUCAAUUCAUUAUUUUAUUCAUAUCAAGUCAUCUCUUGGAUCAUCCAUUCAUUUUGUUCAUCUCAAGUAAUCUCUUACAUUAUUCAUACCCCACAUCUUGCAUCCUCCACCUCCAUGUUUCACUUACACCUCAUGAAAUUUUGAACUAAAGAACUAUGCAUUUAUGAACUUGAACAUAUCUAUCUGUUAAGGAUGCACGCCAGGAAAAAAUCUGAGAAAUACUAUCACCCCAACUCUACCAUUCCACCAAGUUUGAGCAUCGUAGCGCAAAAUUUAAAACUUAAAUGUCACGCCGCUGGGCGUUUUAUAUCAUGGGCGAGCCACGCAAGUGGACUUUAAAUACUCUUAUAUUUAUUUUUUGCUCUUGUUGUGCUAUUUAUUUAGAAAUAUUGGGAAGUUUAUGUUCUCGUUGGAAACUCAAGCCUCUAGCCUCGCUACAAGGUGCUCUACAAAGCAAGCCAGCCUGGCCCAACCACGUGGUCUUUCUAAACAUACACACGGCUGGUCGUCGUCGUGUUAUCAUUCUCAAGAGCUUUUCAUUCUUCUAGUGGAUAUUACGCACAUUCAAGAUGCCUAAGAAAAACAGGAGAUAUAAGGGGAAGACAGAAAAGAGCAAGAUUUCAGCUGCAAGGUGGAAAAAAGACUGAAAUUUCCUUGCCAGUAGCUAACCAGCGACCUCCCUCCCCCGCCUGCUGUACACUCACCACCACUUGCAGCUCACCCACCACUUCCUUUGACUACUCCAUCCCCUACCACACCUGUUGUUUCACCACUUGUCUAGUGCAUCUCACGUAAAUUCUGUAAUGGCCCAGCGGUGAGCUUUUAUAAAACCAGAAAAGGCCUAACUUAUUUUAUAUUCAUCAAAUAGCCAAAAAAAUAUUCAUAUUUAACUUGGCACAUCAAAAUGCACAGAAAAUAACCCAAAUGAGCAAUAUUGUCUGUAAUUAUGUGCUCAUGACCAAAAAAAAGAAAAAGACAGUUUCAGUUAUAUAGUCAUGGUUGAUAGCUCAUGCAUUCACUAUUUAUUAACCAAUUGCAGUGGUUAUGGUCUUAAUUUAAUCCCCAUUGCUUCUUUAAAUGAAAGUAACAAAUUUUGUCAUGGUUCUACCUGGUUCAUGCAUGCCUAUGCCUAAACUUUAGGAAGGGUUUUCUCAAAAGUGAUUUUUCAAAGAAUAACUGUAUUUUGAAUGCUAUCUUCUCUGUUAUUAAUAAUCAGUUUUUACUGAAAAUUUUAUUUUUGGCACAUAACACCCUAAACUAAAUAAUGGUUGGGGGACUUGGUCCUAUCUUUAUUGUAAGCUUGCAAAAUAUUUCCUGAAAUUCAAUUUUCCAUUUCAGAAAGUUGAAAAAUAAGUCUGAGAAUAAAUGCUUGUCAAAAAUCACCUAAUCAAUGUAGAAUUAAUUCCUCCAACCAAAUUGUAGUUAAAAGUCCAUAGAACAUGUCCAAGAAAGAUGAAAUCAAAAUUACAUGAUAGGUACUGAGAAGAUAAAAAUAUUAAAAAAUUUGCAAUAUUUUGAAACCUAUCUUCUCAGUACCUAUCAUGUAAUUUUGAUUUCAUCUUUCUUGGACAUGUUCUAUGGACUUGUCCCUACAAUUUGGUUGGAGGAAUUAAUUUUACAUUGAUUAGGUGAUUUUUGACAAGCACUUAUUCUCUCAGACUUAUUUUUCAACUUCUUAAUAGUCAUCAUUUUUCAAUGUAGAAAGUUGAAUAUUGGUUAGAAGUACUACAUUAAUUAUUAUGCCAUUAAGUAGACACAAUUCAAGAUGAUCAGAUGAUUUUUAUUGCACCACCAAAGGUAAAUCCUGGCUUGCAUCCUUAAGUGUAAAUACAACAGUUAUAAAGUACUCUGUACUCUUAUGUACCAUCACCCUUCAUGAGUUUGAAAAAAAUUGUACAAAAUUAAAUUGUAAGUUUGGCUUUUUGCUGCUGGAAAAUAAUGGUAAUAAUCUAGACAAAAUUGAGUUGAUUACUGGGAGUCUUGAGCUUGAACCUUUCAAAUGUGGCGCUCCCUGCUGAAGUGAAGCAAGCGACACACAAAAGGAAACAAGAAAACUGAAAUUGAAGUUGCCUGAUCAUAGCUUAUCCGUGCUGUGAAUCAAAACCGGAGCGGAAGCGAGGCAAGCAACACGCAGGAGAAAACGAGGGAACAGGGACUGCAUUAAUUUUUAUCAUUGUUGUUUACGGAUACCUUUUGCCUUGAAUCAACCCCAGAGGGUAAAUUAGGCAGUGAUGCUGUUUUGUUUUUGUUUUUAAUCCAGCUCAACCACUGUAGAGAGAAAAUAUUGGAGAGAAAGUAAACCUUGCCUUGCAGAGAGAGAGAGAGAGAGGAUGAGGCCCACUGUGCCCAGUGAUUGGCUGGGAGAGUCGUGCCUUGAGCUGCUGUGAGCUGACUGACUCAUCACCCCUCUCAGGGAAUUUGCAUCACCAGUGUGUGUUUCUGCACUUUUCCUAAGUAUUUCUUUUGAAAAAAUCGACCCUAAUGCCACCAUUUUAUUCAUUUUAGUCUGAAAAUUUGCUGCAGAACGCCUGAAUAGUUGGUCACUUCGAGGCAAGUGAUAUCUCAAUAUUGACCCUUAUGUCACUUACUUCACUUCAGCAGGUAGCACCACAAAUGGUGUAAAGUUUGAAAAUAGUUCAUAUCUGUAACUCAGUCAACAGCUUAUGUAAUUCUGCUUCAAAGGAUAUAGUUUUUCAAUAUAGUGUGGAAGAUCACAUUACAAAUUUGUUUUAUGAAAAUUGUAUGAUUUGUUAUAUGAUAAAUGAUUGUUUUGUGUGUAAUUUUCACCAUUCCAAUCAAGCACAACACUGAAAUGAAUUUUUAACUUUACUCCAAAUAUUACAUGUUUCCAAUGUGAAUAUAUUUGAUAAACCUGUUAUUUCAAUUUAGGCACAAAAAUUCCCAUAAUUAUGUAUAUAUCCUUAACUAACCUAUUACAGUUUUCUGUACCUAUGCCAUUAUAUAUAUAUAUAUAUAUAUAUAUAUAUAUAUAUAUAUAUAUAUAUAUAUAUAUAUAUAUAUAUAUAUAAAAUGGUUUGUGUUGUGUUGCACUUGAUUGUUGUGAUCUACAUAUUAUUACAUAUUAUUAGUUUGAUAUAUAUAUAUAUAUAUAUAUAUAUAUAUAUAUAUAUAUAUAUAUAUAUAUAUAUAUAUAUAUAUAUAUAUAUAUAUAUAUAUAUAUAUAUAUAUAUAUAUAUAUAUAUAUAUAUAAACAAACAAACAUAUAUAUAAACACACACACACACACUUGCAUUAACUCAUCAUCUUUUUAAAACAAAUUAUAGGCAAGCACAGUGGUCCCAACACACCCUAUAACAAUUAUAAAGCAGUUUUUACUAUAAAAAUUUAUUAAAACACUUCAUAUUUCUACCACUAUUUGCACAUUAAAUGUACUCCUUAUCACUCACACUAUUACCAGAUCAAUGAUCAAUAUCUGCCAAACUUGUCUAGCUAUAAAAUGAAUUAAAAUAGGGUGACAAGUUCUAUGUCAUACCUAUAAAGCCCAACUGGACAAGUGGAGCACUCACUUGUAGCACAACCUAAAAUGAAGCCUAGUUUUAAAAAUCAACCCACACCUGCAUAGACCAGGACUAACCAACAACACCCUAAUAAAGAUGCCCUACCAACCUGAUCAGCAAAAAUGGUUGGGCAAACCCAAAUAGAUACUUGAAAACAAAGUAUAUAAAACUAAUAUAAAGAACUAGAUACCUCAAAGGGUGCUGUGAUUUCACUAAAAUAUUGCUUGAGUAUCUUCAGAAGUUUACAAAUUACACUUACAAUACAUGCCAACACACCAUAUUGUCCAAACCUAAAAUAAACUAUAUAUAAUGUCCACAAUCCAUCAUUACGUAUGUACGUAUGACUAUGGUUAGAAUGGAUAGAGCAUGCAGUUCAGGAUUACAGUUGAUAACUACUCCAGAGUAAACAUUGCCCUUACAACACCUAACUGAUUUAAGCCCCCCAGAUUAAGAAAUGCUUACUUGAACAAGACAGGAACAAAGAAUGAGUGUCUGGGACCACUGUCCAGCCAGUUUUGCAUUAUGUUACUGAACCAAAGAGAGUUGCUGGUGUUACUAAAUGUAAUGCUUGGGGCCAGACUACAGUGUGGCAUUGGUUGUUUUAUAUUAUAAUAAUAAUUUCCUUUCAAGUUCUAAAUUGUAAUGAUCUCUGCCCUUCUCUGGUAUUUGGUGGCAAUGCAGAUGGCAGCAAAUGCUUCAAUUACUUAUUUUCAUUCUGGAAUUGGGAAAAGUAGGUAAGCAACAGGCAAGAAAUUUAGGGUGAUAAUAAAUGUAUGUGAAUAUUUUCAAAUUAAAUACCACAGAACCAUAUGUAUUGGAAGGGGCAGAGAUUAUAUUUUAAGGUUGAUUUAAAAGAAUCAGUUGGAGAAUUCUGACUAGGGAACAUACCAAAUGGUGCUAAUAAUUGAUACUUUCUAGAGGAAAACUAGGGAUAUUUAAACUCUUGUACAUGAGUUUAGAUAUUAACAACAAUAAUAGUCAUACAUUGUGAAAUGUCAUAUUGUUUGCAUUGAGCUGUGCUGAAUAUGAUGAAUACUUUAAUAUUUAUCAUGCACAGCACAGUUGUACAUAUAUAAUUUAUUGUUAUGUGACAUCUUUACAUUUAAAUAUGGUUUUAUUUUUGCAUGCACAUGUUAGUCACAUGCCUCUCUGACCUUGAAAGGGAAAUGGAAACUAAUAUUAUUAGCACAAUCAACAUAUUUUUCCUAGUUGGACCUCUUCAGUCAUCUGGAAUGCUUCACUGUAUAUUAUGUAAAGUAGUUGCUAUUAACUGAGUGUUUAUUUACAUUUAAGAUACCAGUUUUUAGUUAUUUACAGAACAAUUAUUAACCUUGUAAAUUGUUAUUAAUUGUAUUACCAAUUGUAAGUAACCAAAUAUACUUACAUCUCAUUUAUAAAACAAU